CAUGAACUAAAUCACAGUUUUGUCACAAGACAUUGCAAAUAUGAUUAAAACUGUUCCAAGGCAGCAAUCUCUGAUUGCUCCCGAAAUACAGAAUCCAUUCGUUCACAACCUAAGGCUGGGGUAUUUGGAUAUUUUACAGAUAAUUAUCAUGUCUGUGACCAUAGCACCACUUCGAUUGCUGCUGGUUGGCCUAUGUCUGUUGCUGGCCUGGCCCCUUGCAGCUAUUGUGGUUGCAGGGCGCUCGGAGGAGGACAAGAAGGAACCACUCACUGGAUGGAGGAACACCCUACUGCGGCCCAUUAUUGUGUUUUUAUCCCGUGGUGUGUUCUUUGCGGCUGGUUUUCAUCACAUUAAAGUGUCGGGCAAGCGGGCAAACCCUAGCGAGGCAAUGAUCCUCGCAGUGGCUCCCCACUCCUCAUAUAUGGACGCAUUGCCUGUUGUUUUCCUUGAUUUAACUUCAUCAGUGGCCAAAAGUGAAAAUGGAGAAGUCCCACUGUUUGGAACUCUUUUGGAGUUUACCCAGCCUGUGUUGGUACAGCGUGAGGAUGUAAACUCUCGUCUACACACGAUCCAGGAAAUCCAGCGUCGGGCACGGACCGGCGGAAAAUGGCCACAGAUCAUCAUCUUCCCAGAGGGAACAUGCACAAACCGAUCUUGCCUGAUCUCAUUUAAACUUGGUGCAUUCCACCCGGGCGUGCCUGUACAGCCCGUUUGUCUGAGAUACCCUAACAGACUGGAUACGGUCACAUGGACCUGGGAGGGACCAGGGGCAUAUACUUUAUUUUGGCUGACAUUAUGCCAGUUCAACACCAACUUAGAAAUUGAGUUUUUGCCUGUGUACAAACCAAGUGCCGAAGAGAUAGCUGAUCCGAAAUUGUUUGCAAAGAAUGUCAGGGAUGUUGUUGCCAAAGCAUUAGAUGUGCCGGUUACAGACCACACGUUUGAUGACUGUCGACUCAUGGUAAAGGCCCGCAAGCUCAACCUACCAAUGGAAGCGGGCCUCGUAGAGUUUCAGAAACUUCACAAAAAGCUUGGGAUCAGCCUGGACCAGAUGCAUGAUAUGUUGGAGAAGUUCUGCAGUAUGGAUUCCCAGGGCAAAGGUCACAUCACCAUGGAAGAGUUUUCACGCUACCUUCAGCUGCCAGAGUCACACUCCCUUAAAGAGGUGUUUGCACUGUAUGAUAGGGAUGGCUCAGGGACCAUAGAUUUCCGAGAGUAUGUGAUAGGUUUGUCCCUCGUGUCUACUCCAGUCAACACAGACAGCACCAUUUCACUUGCAUUCCAGUUGUUUGACUCAAGUCAGCAGGGUUUCAUCAGCCAUGAGGACCUACAUGACAUUCUUCACAAUGCCUUCAACAUGACCGACGUGGAUGUUGAGGAGCUGUUCAGGCACAUUGACGCAGACUGUGAUGGCAAAAUAACAUUUGAAGAGUUCAAGCGGUUUGCCUUAGACAGACCAGAGUAUGCGCCAUUGUUUCUUGCCUACCAGGAAAGUCAGAAGGGCAAUAACAAUAGUGUCACAACACUCACAGCAGGCAACACCAACAGUAAUGCCACCCCUGUCAAGGAAAAUCGAAGUGCCCCUAGCACGCCAUUGGCUGAAGAUAAUGGAGACCAUCUUAAAGCUGAAUAAACUACUACCCGUCUCAUUUGGAAGUGCCCUUAGCUCUCCAUUUGUUGAAAUAUCACAGUGGCAAUCUCAAUGCUAGAUAAAUGUGCCAACCAAUGACAAAGCAAAAGGAAAAGGGGUGGGGGGUUUCAAACAAUUAAACACAUAUUUUAAAAUUAUUUUUAAAUAUAAAAAAAUCAAGAAAUAUUUGAAGGACUUUAAGAAUUAAUGCCAGUAUUCAGCGGGUACCUGGUGCAAUGUUUGUACAUUUUACUUAUCAAGUCUUUAUAGUGCUUGGCUUAUCGGAACGAGAAGGAAUGAAAAUCCAGAAAGUUUUUAUUCUUUUGAUAAAUAUAUUUUAAGCUUCCAUGUUUUCUUAAACACUAUUUAUCAUCGAGCGCUUUUGUAAAUGACAGUAGGAUUAUGUUAUAUAUAUAUGAUUACUCUUUUCACAAACUCUUUUUGUUUAUUACUUAUUACUGUAUUUGAGGAGAUUUUGUUAAGACAAUAGUACUUUGCGGUUAACAUUCUGAGGGACCCAAAUCAUAGUUUAGUGCUUAUUGGUAUUGGCUUUAAGCUUUGACUUUAGCUGAAUGACUGUUAGAAUUGUUCACAAGGGCCCAAAUUUUAAUAACAUAUCUCACUUGUAAACUUUGAGUGCUCAGGUUCAACUGUAAAGCUCUGGGCAGAAUCUAUGUGAUAAAUGUCCUAUGAUAUUUUUAGGCGAAAAUGAAAGUUAUGCCUAGAAAGUUAUGUUCUUAAGUAUUACGACCUUUAUUGGAAUGGGUCCCUGACCCCUUAGUUGGCUUAGUGUUCAUAUGUGUAGGAUGGCCUCAAAUAUUGUCGUGUUUUGCCGAUUGAUUAGCUGUUGCCUCCAUAGAUGUGUCCUUGUUUUAUGUUAAGAACACGAGCAAUACAACACUGUUUAUUUUAAGAAAAAAUAUAAAACCUUUCUUCAUAUGUUAUACAUUUAUGGUGGCAAUAUCAAAUUAAAACGUGUAUUAAAACCUUGAAUGGUGGCUGGUUCAUGCAAUAUUGUUUUGUUUUCUGUUGUUUUAUGUGUACUAAGGUCUUAUGUGUAUAUUUUGGUUAAGAAUGUUUAAUUGCACGUAUGUAAGUUUAUUAUGUGUUGAUAUUGUUUAAUUGGAUUUCAAGUUUAUAGUGUAGCUGAAUAUUGUGAAAAUGUGCAGGGUCUUUGAAACAAAUAGUAUUGUGUUAUUUCAUAAAAACUAUAAUUCCCUGUAGCUACAUACCAGUAUUUCUGCAUUUCUUACUUUACAUUUGAAAUAGUAUGGUGUAUGGUAUAUUAAUGUAUUUGUUUUAUGUUUUAUGUUAAUUGAUGUAUGCCGGUCCUAGUUGUAGUAUGUCUGUUUUCGUUAUUGCCUAGCUCUCGUCUUAGUUAUUGGCUUCAUACUCAAAUUAAGAUUUUCAAAGGGAAUCUGAUACAGAUAAUAUAUUGCUCUUACUUAUGAUAAUGAAGAUCUGAAACUUUAGUGUGUGAGCUGAAUCCGAUAAACUUUGUCCGAUAGUUGUACGCCUCCUGUGCAUUGUUAUUAUUCAAGAAUCUGAUAGCUUUAGAAAAAAAAGUGUUUAUAAUUACAGAUGAGCAUUAUCUGGAAUUGAAAUGAACAUAGUAUAAUCCCCUUACUGCAAGAACUCUAUAUUUGAAGAGGACAAUAAUAAUUAAUCUGAUAAUAAAAUGACAAAUUUUAUACUGCUUCUUUAAGUUACUUAAAUUGUUUUUCAAGUUACUUCAAUUGUUUCACCAUCAGAAGUUAAUAUCAAGAAAAGAUUGGUAUAGAAGGCAUAGCAGUAUCAGUCCACGUUGUCUCAGAAAGGUGUUAUUAAAUUUACAUUUUUUUUUGUCAUACAAGUCAAAGGCUGGAAUUUUGAAAUCUUAAUGAAUUCUAAGAACAAACACCAUGCCAGAAUGCAUUUUGUCUCCUUACAACUAUUAUAGAUAAUUAAUUAUAUUGAUAUUAUUAUAAAUUUGUUUAUUUACAUUAAGCUAUAAUUUUUGGCUAAUUGUUUUGUUUUGUUUUUAAAUUCCACAUUCUUUUACUUGCCAUUUGUAUUGUUUUUUAGGGUUUAAAAAAAACAACAACAUUUUGUUGGACAAAGAUUUCUUUUAAGAAAUAUGGUUGAGCUUGUUUUUUGAAAUACUAAAAUUGAAAAAAAAAGUCCUUGGAGUUAAAUUUGUUCCUAAUUGUGUUCAUUUUCAGUCAACAAGCCUAAAUAUCUGCUUGAGUUGACUUCUAAGCAACUAUUAAUAAUUUAAACAUAACGAUUUCAUUCUUAUAUCUGCUGUCUUUCAUUCAGAAAUGAUGUAUUUAUUUAUAUUUGAAACUCAUUUCAUUUUUAUCUUCAUGACAACAUAGUUUCAACAUGUGCUCCAAGCAUAUAUAUUUUAAUACUUGCAUAUUGCAUGUAACAGUGUAUGCAUACAUUAUUGGAUAUUGUUCUCUUGACAGUGGUGCUAGCAACUUUUUAUAAGGGACUUGUUGUCAUCUUACAUUGUAGAAUUUUCAAGCUCUUCAAACAUCUUGCUCAAUGUAAGAACUCGUAAUAAAUCAUUCAGACUCUUGUACCUCAAGAUUUAAUCUCAUGUGUGACUUUAUAAAUAUUUUGAUUUUGAUCGCUUUUUGUAAAGGAAUCUUUGUUAUAUUCCCACCUAAGGUAUAUAUAUAUAAUAUUUUUUGUAAUAAAACUAAUUUGUAAAAUAUGUUGUCAUUUUGAAAG